GUUAUAGCGAUGGCGUGUGCAUACAAAAUCUCGGACGGGGUCGGCCCCAGAGUCUGGAAGGAAGAGGGAUCCCAUGUGGAUACUCCUUAAAAGAAAAGUGGCACAGUUUCCAUGAAAGUAGCUAGCAGGCCAGGCAAUAGUGGCAGUGCAUUUUUCAGAGUAAAUUCGCGUGGCUACAUCAGGACGAGGACACUGAAGUGGCUACGAUUUAUACACAUGAAAAAAGCCUAUAUUUUUAUCUGAAACUGUUAAUUUUAAAUAAAUAUGAGUGAUGAGGUUAUAUAUCUAUCAUCGGAUGAAAAUGAAAAUACACCUCCCUUCAAGAGUGCAAAAAACAGAGUUAAUGAAGAAACAAAUUGCCAAAAGAGGACGUUGUUACAUGUUGAUUCCAGCAGCUCCAAUGCCAGUCCAAAAAAACAAAAAUUUGAAAACAUAAAGUGUAGUUCACCUCAACCGGGAUGCUCCACAAAUUUUAACGAAGUAAAAAAUAAAGGGAGAUUUAUAAAACCACAACUAGUAGUCAAAACAAAAAUACCAAUCCCAGAUGCAAGUGAAGAUGUUUUUCAAGAGUUUACGAAAACAUGUCUGAAGAAGAGAGACGAUGAAAAUACAAAGAUAAUUUUACAAAAGUUGGAAAAAUUAUACAAUAACUUAAGUCCAUUUCAUAAAAGCAAUAACGAGUUAAGAUUGUUCAUUAAUAGUUGUCAUGAGAGGAUUACCGAAGGCCUAUCACAUGACAUUUACACACCAAUUUUGGAUGUUCGUACAGAAAUAAAAAAUCAUCUUCAAUUGGCCAAGCAAGCAACGCCUAGUAACGCAGAGAAUAAUUUUGAAGAAAUUGAAAUGUCGAAAGGGGACAUGAAAAAAAUUAAACUAUUAGAAGAGUCAAUUACUGAGUGUCUAAAGAAAAUCAAAGAAUUGGAAAAAAAAGAAGUUAAUUUUGAGGAAGAUAAUGACUCUGCAUAUAUUCAAGAGGAUAAAUACAAAAAAAGACUAAUUCAAUUAUGUAAUAUGCUAAGCAAAAUAACCGGAGAUAAAAUCAUUAGAAAACAAAUAUUAAAAAAAAAAAUAAAAAGGUCAGAUAUAGCAGAUGAAAUGACAGGAAUUUCGUCAGUUGACGAAGCAAUUUUAAAUUUUGUAAAUUCUGACAUAGCAAAAAUCAAUCGGUUAAAAUAUUUGGAAAGUAAGCGUAUUGCUGAUCAUAUAAAAAUGCCUGAAUAUUUAGAUAUACUGAAGUGCAUUGAAAAGUGUAAUAAAAACAGCAAUCUUGAUCUGAGUAAAGAGAAAAUGAAUAGAUUAGCUAAAAAAGCGUUUCAGACUGUUGUAAUUUUUUUGAAAAACAGACGACAGACUGAAACAAAAAUUUACAUGCAGUCCUUGUUAGAUCAUCAUGAUGGAAGUGAAGAUCCUGCAAUAAAUGAUAUUGAUUUAGAUCAAAAAUUACAAAAAAACAAAAAGGAAGGAGAUAAAAAGCUUGAGGAAAUUUUUAAAAAAUACGUUGAUAAACAAGAAGGUUUUCACGAAGAAGAGAUAGAAAAACAAUCUGAUGAUAUCAAUUCUGAAACUGACAGUGAAACAGAUGAUACUGAAAAUGAAGACUUCUACAAUCUAUCGUCUUCUGUAAAUGAAGAGAAUUGUAAUGAUAUCAGUAAUAAAAACUCAAAAUCAGGUUCAGUUGAAAAGAUUCCAUUGGUUGAAGAUGAGUGUAAAGCACAUACAAGUACACUGUACAUAAAUAAUAAAAAAAACAGUAUCACAAAUGAAAGUAAAGACAAAAGUAACAUUAAGAAAUAUGAUGUUAAAGGUAAUAGUAAAAAAUUACUUACUACAAAAGCCACUUUAUGCAAGUCCAGUACCUCGGAAAAUAGGAUGAUCGCAGAGAAAGACGAUGAUAUAUUAAUUAUCAACGAUGACUCAGAUAACACCAUGGUAGCGAAAGAUUCAUCUGAUAUGUCUGUUGCUGAAAGUAAAAUACUUACCAAGCCGACUGAAGUAUUACAAAUAAACAUUGAAGAUUCUCAAUCAGUUCAGUCUCAAAUAGCAAGUUCUACUCGCAUCAACGAAAAUUCCCCAACUAAUAUCUCGAGUAAAAAAGUAGUGGAUGUAGCUAAGGCAUCAUUUAUUAAAGUACGUGCUUUUGCAAAGCCACCACCUGCAUGGGGGGAUUCAUCACCAGAGAAAUUAAAGGCAAAAUCGAAAGGACCUGUUCAACAAAGACUACAAGAAUUGUCAAAGCUUGAAUAUAUCAAUUUGACGAAAGAGAGAGAGAAACAUUUACGUAGUCCUAGUACGCGUUCUAUCAAUCCGUUAGCUAAUAUCAAAUAUGCACUGCCACCAGCAAAACGGGUAGUAAUUGUAAAGAAUGUCAUAAACAACUAUAACGUUCCGUUUCGUGUAGAUAGCAUGAAAAGUUCAAAAGAUGUCCAGGUAGUAAGUAGAAUACGUCAGAAUAUCACUAGUGCACGUGGCGGCGACGGCGGUGGCGACCAAAUAGCUAACAAAGCCAAUGAAAAUGGUGUGAAAUCAGCAUGGCUUUCGAAGGAAAAGGGUGACGUGAAUAAGAGGCCUUACACGAAGUGAU